AGAGGAAACCCCCUGCUCGCCAACAUACCGCCCCUAGUGGAGCAACGAGGAACAGCCAUUAUAGAGCACUGAUGUUGUGAUAACGUGAUGACUGGUUUUUAAGAUGUAGGCCUACAUUAGGUAAGAUUAUAUGGUCACAUUAAGGUCACUGACCGCUCUGUGUGUCAAAGGCAUAUGUUGUUUAAUUUAGCUUGAUACAUUAAAAUAUAUAAACAACUGUGCAUAAGUUCAUAUGGUCAUAAAAAGUGUUGUGUUAAAACAACCUGUCAGCUAGAAAGCAACACAGAUUUAACAAAUAUUUAACAAGAUGCACAAAUUGUAUUUACAAAGGAGAUAUUCAUAGAAAACGAAAAAUGAAAAGGAAGUUAUUUUCUCUGCAUGAAACAUAUUACUUAUUCUGAGCCAUGUUAACUGGUUUGACUAUAUAUCAAAUACACAUGAUAUAGAAAUGUGCUUCAAAGCUUUCCUGUGGUUGUUAGCUAUGCUGCAGCAAAGGUUGAAAACCACACCAUUUACUUUGUUGCUGUGAAGUGAAAGCAAAUUAAAUCAAACACUGUGCAGUUGCUUCUAUUGUGAUCCUGUCUUCACACACACAAACACACACAUUGCUGUGUCUCACUGCUGUAACCUAUUCGACCCAUGCCCCUGGGCACUCUCUUCGUGACCAAUCAGAGAGAUACAGGAAGCUGUGUUCAGCAGCACUCCCCACAACAACUCACACAAACUGCUAUGACUGAGAAAUCAUCCUCGAACAUAUGAAAGGAGCAAAGGCUGAAAAAGGAAAGCGAAGAACCAAAAGAUCGUGAAAGCCAAUUUUAUAAGAGCUGCAUGCCAGUGUUUUUCAGACAGAUACUGUUCAAGCCAUCCUCUCUAUGGAGAAAUCCAUCUGUUCCCCACCAAGACGUUGUACACCAGACAUGGGGGAAACCCCGCUGCCAGAGGCCCUGAAUUCAAAGGACACUAUGAAGCAGUUUCUUUCAGAUCGUGUUGUAAAGGCAGCAAGAUCAGUGUAUAGUGUUAUAAUCGAGAGGAACCCAGGUCUGAUCCGAGAUAGAAAGUAUCACCUCAAAACAUACAGACAAUGCUGCUCUGGUAAGGAACUUGUUGAUUGGCUGAUGAAACAAAAUGAAUGCCUGCAAUCAAGAAGCCAGGCAGUUGGGAUGUGGCAGGUCUUGGUGGAUGAAGGAAUCCUUCUUCAUGUAAAACAUGAGUUGAACUUCCAUGACAAGGACACCCAGUUCUAUCGCUUCCAGGACUCUGAGUGUGGCCUGAACCACGUAACAAAUGAGAAGGACUCAGAGGAAGAGCUGCAGGAGGGUCUGUCGCUCCUGUCUCAACUGGGUCCCGAUGCUCUGCUCACUAUGAUUCUACGCAAAUGCCCCAGUCAGAGGAGUGCUGAGGACCUGGAAGUCAUUUAUGAGGAGCUGCUCCAUGUCAAGGCUGCAGCUCAUCUCUCCACUUCUGUGCGUAAGGAGCUGGCAGCAGUACUGGUCUUUGAAUCACAUGCCAAGGCCGGAACAGUCUUGUUCAGUCAAGGGGACAAAGGCACAUCUUGGUAUAUCAUCUGGAAAGGCUCUGUAAAUGUGAUCACGCAUGGGAAGGGCCUGGUAACAACACUACACGAGGGUGAGGACUUUGGGCAGCUAGCUUUGCUGAAUGAUGCACCUCGUGCUGCCACCAUCAUCUUGAGAGAAGAUAACUGCCAUUUCCUUCGUGUUGAUAAACAGGACUUUAUACGCAUUCUCAAGGAUGUUGAAGCUAACACAGUGCGACUUGAAGAGCAUGGGAAAACUGUGCUGGUGUUGGAGAAGAGCACCGACUGGGCCGAGCAGGGAGGAGCAGGAAGCAACAGCAAGUACACUGUUAUGUCAGGAACACCUGAGAAAAUCCUGGAACACCUACUGGAAACAAUAAAGUUGGAUUCUAACGGAAAUGACGCCAUAGAUCCAUGUGUGAGCGACUUUCUGCUCACCCAUAAAGUCUUCAUGCCCUCCAGCCAGCUGUGUACCGCACUACAGCACCACUACCAGGCAGAGCUCUCUGAGGGUUCAGAUCAGGAGAAGGCUGCUUACAUUAUCAACACCAAGCAGAAGGUAGUAAAGCUGAUUGGCCAGUGGGUGGCGCUGUUUGGCCUACUGCUGAAAGAAGAUCCUAUUGCUUCGGACUUUCUGGAGACAAUGAAGAAGGAGGUGGCCAGUGAUUUUCGUCUGUCCAGCAUGCUGAAAGAACAAUUUAGGGAAAGGAGGCGAACAAAAGUAUUGGAGAAUGGAUUUCAGUCACUGAGCAGGAACCAACUAUUUGACUGGUUUUCAAACUGUGAGGAGGCAGUGGGGAGGUUACAACCAAUCAGAGCACAAGAUAAAGUGCUUUAUGAGAUCUACAGGCCAGACAACAAACCUCUCACUCUGAUGCUCCCAGUGAACACAUCUGUACAGGAUGUGAUGUCGGCAAUAGUCAAACCUGGAGGAGAUCACAUCUUGGUCAAAAUUAACUCCACAGGAGAGAGAGCUCAGAUAAAGCUGGAUGCUACUGCAGUUUACACAGCACUGGGACUCAACGAGAGACUGUUCAUCUGCACAAGCAGCGAAGUGGAACAACUGAUUCCCCUGAAGGAGCAGCAGGGUCCAGAGCGAGGAACAACUGACAUCCUUGAACAGAUGGGCUCUAAAGACAUUGCCAGUGAACUUGCCAAUUAUGACUGGGAAAUGUUCACUGCCAUGCAUGAGGUGGAGCUUGUGUACUAUGUAUUCGGCCGUCAUAAAUUCCCAGGUGCCAUGACAGCUAACCUAGAGCGGUUUGUACGGCGCUUCAAUGAGGUGCAGUACUGGGUGGUGACUGAACUGUGCCUCUGUGAAGACCUGGUGAAACGAGCCAUUCUGCUCAAGAAGUUCAUAAAGAUUGCUGCAGUAUUAAAGGAGCAGAAGAAUCUCAAUUCAUUCUUCGCUGUGAUGUUCGGUUUGAGCAACAGUGCAGUACACAGGCUUUACAAGACCUGGGAGAGAAUCCCCAGCAAGACAAAAAGAAUUUACUGUGCUUAUGAGAGGUUGAUGGAUCCCUCACGCAACCACAGGGCCUACAGACUGGCUGUGGCCAAACUCAGUCCUCCCUACAUCCCCUUCAUGCCUCUGCUGCUCAAAGACAUGACAUUCAUCAAUGAGGGAAAUCCAAACUAUGUAGACAAAUUGGUCAAUUUUGAGAAAAUGCGCAUGAUAGCCAAGACAGUGAAAAUUGUACGAGGAUGCAGAAGCCAACCUUAUGUGCCGUCAUCUCCUCAGAGGGGCCUGGCAGAUCGGAUGUUUCUGGAAGGGCCUGCUACUCGCAUAUCUACAUACUCAGACAAUGCCCUUCCUCUGCGAAGUCCCAGCAACAUCCGACACUACAUUCAAAACCUGAAGGUGAUUGACAACCAGCGCAAACUUACACAGCUAUCAAGAACAAUAGAAUGCUAGGACAUCAACUUGCAAAUGUACAAAGACUGUAAAGUUGUAGCACAAAUCUGAACCAGAGAACAUAUUGUACCUGGAUGAACAAAACUUCCACACUCGUCUAAACAAGAUGGAUCUCUGGAGGUGUUGAGUCCUGUGGAUAUUCACUCGAAUUCAAGGAGCUUGGACAUUCAUGGAAAAACUUUCUGCACAGCAUCAUGAGUGAAAAUGUGCUGAACCUCUAAUGCUGAACCAGAGAAUCCAGUUCUGUGUCCCUGGGAAUUAUGGGACACUUUUUAUACAAAAAGCCUUAUAGCACACCAGUGUAUACAUCUUGGUGUAUUUGCCAUAGUGGAAACUGAUGCCCUCACAAUGACAAUGUUACAACAUGUACAGUUAAGCAAAUUUUGCCUCUCUUUGGUGUCAAAAUUAAUUUAUGUGACAUAUAAUAAACUGCUUGUGGAAUAAUGACUCUCAUGAUCACACAAGAGUCAUAGGAACACAUACCACAGAUAAUGUUUGCCAUAUUUUAUCACUUGGGGUCAGUUUUUUGUGCACUAAUAUUUUCACAUCAAAACUAAUAUAUUGUAUCAGAUCCUUUUCUGGCAGUAAGGCCACUUUCAUACAAUGUUGUUUUUCUAAAUAAAUUAUUUUCUCAGUUGUGUGUA